UUUGCGUUUCCCCAAAGCAACUCUUUGUUGAAGCACUAUUGCAGAUUCGUGUCCACUAUUAUGAUACAUUUUCGUUUGAAAAUGCAUCUUCAUCACUUUGUUUCUAAUAUCUAUCUAUCUAUAUAUAUCUUGAUGUUUUUCAAAUGAAUGUCAGCACAGACAUUUUUCGACUCAUCUUUCAAAGAAAUGGGUGUCGCCAUGUUGAAUCCUGCUUUCAAACUUCUCAAUGCGUGCGUCGAAUUACAGUACGUCCAAUACGCAACAUCGAUCUCAUCGUUAGCUCGAACAUCUGCGGUUUAGUGUCAUUAUUUGAUUCAAAUGUCAUUCAAAUGAAUCCAAACGGCUCAUUGAAAAGAAAGCCAAAGUGGUAGCGCUGUUCAAAGACGGGCCAAAUGAAAGACGUGUUUUGACUCGCACUGGUUCUGUAGGAGAAGAAGACGACAGACACACGGUGACGCUCGCGGCUGGAAGCGUUUCCUGUCGCCCUCUGGUGGCGGCCGGCAGCGUUGCGGCGUCACAGGCGCCGCUCGCGCGUGCGGCCAAUCGCUCCCUCAGACGAUCGGACGCACGACGCCCAGUCGGACGGCAGACGAGGCGGGCCGGGAUGCUCGCACCCGAUUCGGGUGCAUCCGCAGCACCGAGCGCAUCAGCCGCCAUUGCCUUUCUUGUCUUGCUUUCCGUCUCGUUUCUAUUUGUGGAUGACGGCCACCGCGCAGCAUGCAGCCUUCGCGGUACCUCGGAGCAGCAGUCGCCCGCUUGCUCCCGAUCCGAGACCCGAAUCCAGCGUAAGGCGCGCGCGCGUGCAGUCGACUGACGGGAGCGUGGACGAAAACAAGCCACGAUGAUGCUGUUUCGAAAAUUCCGAGCGCUGCUCCUCACGGUGUUCCUGGUGGCCUGCACGGUGCACAUUAUGAUCGACUUGCUGCCCCGACCGGACCGGAGGACGUCGGCGGCGGACGGCGGGGACGUCGGCGGCUGCCGGUGCGCCGACUCGCCGGGCCGGGCCGAAGCCGACAAGCGCGCGCUGCGAAUCCUGCACGACUUCGGCAGCGAGCCCGACUCCAACCGCACGAGCGCGGCGGCGGCGGCGGCGCGGUCCCAGCGGAGGAGGACGCCCGGCGAGGCGGACGAGCGCGAGCGCGAGCGGGAGCGCGAGCCGCUCGUCGGCGAGGCGAGCGGGGGUCGCGCGGCGGCCGCAGCCGCAGCCGGCGCCGGCGCGUCCCGACUCGCGGCUCUCUUCCGGCAUCCUUUGUAUCAGCUCGCGCUUCCGGCUCUGACCGAACGGGACGCUUUGUUCAACGUCAACACCGAUAUCGCAUUUUACCCCAAAGCGACUGAGCAUCAAGGAUGGGACGGCGAGGGGCGGGACGAGGAGAACGCCCGAGCGGCGCCCGAGUCGUACCCCGACUGGCUGCGCUUCCACGUCGGCAUCAACCGCUACGAGCUGUACGCCAGGCGCGACCCGGCGCUGGACGGCCUGCUCCGGGACCUGCUGACGCAGGAGAUCACCAGCGUGGCCAUGAAAUCGGGAGGCACCCAGCUCAAGCUGAUCAUGACCUUCCAGAACUACGGACAAGCUCUGUUCAAACCCAUGAAGCAGACCCGCGAGCAGCAAACACCUCCAGACUUCUUCUACUUCUCCGACUUUGAGAGGCACAACGCCGAGAUUGCGGCCUUCCACUUGGACAGGGUCCUGGACUUCCGGAGAGUUCCCCCAGUGGCCGGACGGCUAGUCAACAUGACGCGAGAGAUCCGAGACGUCACGCGGGAUAAAAAGCUAUGGAGGACUUUCUUCAUCUCGCCAGCCGACAACGUGUGCUUCUACGGCGAAUGUUCCUACUACUGCUCCACCGAGCACGCGCUGUGCGGCAAACCGGACCAGAUGGAAGGCUCGCUCGCCGCCUUCCUGCCCGACCUCAACCUGGCCAAACGCAAGACGUGGCGAAACCCCUGGAGGCGAUCUUACCACAAACGCAAGAAGGCCGAGUGGGAGGUGGAUCCAGAUUACUGCGACGAGGUGAAGCGGACGCCCCCGUACGACCGCGGCACUCGACUGCUGGAUGUCAUGGACAUGACCGUCUUCGACUUCCUGAUGGGUAACAUGGAUCGCCAUCAUUACGAAACCUUUGAGAAGUUUGGAAAUGACACCUUCAUUAUUCACCUUGACAACGGAAGAGGGUUUGGGAAACACUCGCAUGAUGAGAUGUCCAUCCUGGUCCCUCUCACUCAGUGCUGCAGGGUGAAGAAGUCCACCUUCCUCCGUCUCCAGCUGCUGGCGAAGGAAGACUACCGGCUGAGCGCUCUGAUGGAGGAGUCGCUGCUCGCAGACCGGCUGUCGCCCGUCCUCAUCCGGCCUCACCUGCGGGCCCUGGACCGCCGGCUGGGCCUGGUGCUGCGGGUGCUGGCCGACUGCGUGGACAAGGAAGGCUACGGCGAGGUGGUGGCGGAAGAUCGCGGGUAGUGAGGCCGACCGGAGCGCCGCCCAAUUCGGUGAAUUCCGAGACUUUCCGUCGACGCCUCUGCGGGAGUGUUUCCGGAAGAGACGGCCCGACGGACACGGCGGCGGACUUUGCGAACAUUUGCUCGGAUGGCACGCGAGGCCCUUUGGCCGCCGUCUGUUUGCGUUGGGUGUUUUACGACAUCUUGCCGUGAGCGGCGGCGAAUCCCGCUCUCCGUGGCGGCGCUUGGCGAAAAUCUUCAAGAAAUUGACACCCCUGAAAAAGGUUUCGAAUUUGGGGGGGAUUAGACGCCGUUAAAGCCUGAUUCCCUCUCUUCCUUGUCAAGACGGAAGAUUCCCAGCGGCCGGUUGUCGUGUAUCAGCCAUAAAUCCACAUUGGAUCUUUUCCCUCGCUCCCGUUCACCGGGCUUUGGGAAAGCCUUUUUUCUUUGCAUUUCUCUUUUGGCUCUGUGAUCAAUCCUCACUUUGUAAACGAAUAGAACGCAACACUUGAGUGUCCCGUGACGAUGGAGGAGAGCGUUGUAGUUUUCGGAGAACGCAUUGCAGCCUUUUCACCUCGUUGCAGACAUUUUGGCCACGUGCUUUGCUUUUUGAUUCUAAACACAGCUGUGUUGUUGGAAAACACAAUAAUAUGUUUCCUUUCGAAUGGACAUUAUUUGAAUGGUUUCUGUGCGUGUCUCUACAUGAACUAACAGCGCCGCGGUUAGAGAAUGUACGCUGGAUAUUGACCUAUCCACAGUUUCUCUCGCUCCGCCCCUUUUAUUGACCUGGCGGGUUUCUCCACUACGUUGUUGUAUAUUCACCCGCGAGGGGUCGCCAGGGGACGACGGGGACUGUCGGACUGGGACGGCUAAUGCUGAAUUCCAGCAGCAGGGGGCGCCAGAAUCGCGGAUUAUAGCUUUAAGUCACCACUGUUACUCAUCAAAGUUCCUUGUUUUUAUUUCGAGGUGUUUUGAUUCUUUUGCUUUGAAUCCUUUUUUGGCUGUUGUAAGAAUUGGUGUUCGGGUACAGUUUCGACAGUUCAAUGUCAUUUCAUAUCUCACGCCAUAUAUCAGUUACGGACCAAUAUAUGGGCCGACAUCAUCGCGUAUCAUCAUCACAUGUAAUUUUUUAGCCCCAAAACUCCAAUAUCGGUCGGGCUUCACAUGGCACCAAAGCAAUAUUUCACGAUUCGAUAUCGCUUGGGCCUGAGCACAAAAACGGUACAGGAGGUCCUCCCCCCAAAUGCUGCGAAUAGUCACUCUUUGCCAUCAGGAAAGAAGCUUUUAUCCUUUUUAGUGCAACAUGGAAAGAUUGAGAUGUUCGAAAUUGUUCAGACAUUUUCAUGUCAGAAAAGAAUAUUUGAACAACGGAACACAUCCAAGGGUGAAGGGUGAUACUGUCUUUUAUCAUAUGACACCGAAUAUGCACACUUGUACACGUAGUACAUCAUCAUCAUAUGAUGCUGUCAUUUGACUUGACUCAUUCCAGUUAUGUACAUUCAGAAUCCCUGCAGGGUUCAUUUACAAUAAUGCAGUCUGAGAUUAUGUUCAAAAGUGAAGUCACAUUCAAUCAACAAAAAAUACUACAAACAUACACACAGGAAACCAGUACACAGAUAGAUAGAUAGAUAGAUAGAUAGAUAGAUAGAUAGAUAGAUAGAUAGAUAGAUAGAUAGAUAGAUAGAUAGAUAGAAUUUGCACUUCAAAUCAGAUUCUUACACGCCCACCUGAGACUUUUUGUGUUCAAUUAUUUAAUGAAAUUGUCCCAUCGGGACAAAAAAAGUUGCAAUUUGUGUGUCCGUUUUCUUGACAUGAAAAGAGAAGAGCAUUUGUUAGCUUUUGAGUUAGCAUUUGUUCCAUUUUGAAUUCCAAAUUUCAAGCGUUGGCUUACUAUCACCUGUGCAAUAUCGAAAUCAGUACUUGAAUGUUGAUGAGGGAUAACGCUCAUUUCAGAAAGGGAUGUCAACCGGUUGACAUGGUUGAUGUUCCCCAUAAAGACGAUAAUAACAGGGGAACUGCGCUUUUGAGUUUCUUUUUGUUGUUGUUCUUCCCCCAUUGUAAAUGGAAAGAUGUACUUUGUUGACCUAACGGGCGUCGGCGCGCAGUGAUUCGUUUGAUUGCAUUGUUGCUGUGAAGAUCUGUUUACUGAAGUGCGCAAUCCAAAUAAAAGAAGAAAAACCA